GUGGAGAGAAUAGAGAGGAGAAGUACGUGGUCAAGAUAUACGGAUGGAGUUGAACAACCUGUUGAACGUUGUGUGGAGUGUGAUCCCAUUCUAUGUGGGUAUUCUUAUCGGGUACCUCUCGGUGACGAGGUGGGGUAUCUUGACGAAGGGGCAUUAUGAAGGCAUGAACAACUUGAACUCCUUCUUUGUGCUCCCAGCAUAUGGUUUUCUUAUCCUUGCAACGGCUGACAUGUACAAAAUGAACCUUCACUUUGUUGUUGCUGACACAGUUGGGAAAUUUGCCCUUCUCCUUCUCCUAGCUUUCUGUAUUCGGUUUGUUUUUCUGUCAGAGUACACUUUUGUGAAACAGUUUGAGUGGUGGGUUACAACUUUUCAGUUGGCCACUUUGAUGAACUGCGCAAUCAUUGGUUUUCCGCUCUUGGAGGCCAUGUACGGUCCAGAUGCGAUCACACUUGUGGCGCAGAUCGUGGUUGUGCAGGCCGUUCUCUGGGUCCCGUUGACCGAGCUCGUGUGCGAGCUUUGCUACGCGCUACGCAAAGCCGGAGAGCAGCGAAGAGUGCACACGGAUGGCAUCGUCGCCGUAAUGCCGCAUGGCGAAAGUGUCGAUCAGGGGAAUACGGUGCCUGCUGGUCAUGGUGAGCAACACUGCCAUGUCAUCGAUGUGGCUGCCAGCGCGACGGAGGAACAGCCGCCGUUCGAUGGUGUGCAGCUCCGGGAAAGAAAUAAUGGACUCCGAGGCGAUGAUGGAACAGAUCGAAAGCCUGAUCAUGCAUGUUGGAGCGUGACACAAUGCCAGCAAGUUGUCAGUCCUGCCGAUAAACCUUCCCCCGGCGCGAUGAAGAAGGAAGAAACUUGUGAGGGGGAGGAGGAGGAGGGAAAGUGCAAUGCAGCGGGAGCUUUGCCAGUAGGUGCUGCUGCAGUGUCCCAUGGACAGAGUAAAGAAAAUGCCAACAUGGAGACGACCGAUGUCGCCCGCUCUGUUGAUUCGCAGCCAACUCUCGGCGACAACGAGAGGAAGGACGAUGUCUCCGCUGUGGCAUAUCUGCAGAAAGAGGCUGAGCUGCAAAGUUUAGCUCUGGUUCAAACUCAGCCGAGGACUCAGACACAGGCUGGCAAUGUGGAUGAGGCGACGAACCAGCACUGCAGUUGUUAUGAUCAUGGCAAGGAUUCCCAUUUGAAAGUGGAAAACAACAGGAACAUGAGUGUAAGCGAUCCGUGCUCGAAAGACGAGCCUCGAGGUCGCGCCGCCAAUCACGAGGGGAAAGACAAGUCACCAGUCCCAGUGGAAGCGAAGGAUGAAGAAUGCUUGGUACACAAUCGGUGUUCGAAAGGCGAGCCUCUGUGCCGCGCUGGUCUGGAGGAGAAGAAGGAUGCGUCAACAGUCACAGUGGAAGUGAAGGAGGGGGGUGAAUGCUUGGUAGCUACUCAAGGGUCAUUAAGUUGUAAUAAUAUUUCAAGUCCACAGCUUGACUCAUCAGAAGUGUGGCGUGUGUUCAAAAUUGGUGGCAAGGCGCUGCUGCAAGGCCGGCUGAUGUGGUCGGCCAUACUUGGCCUUGCAUAUGGACUACUUGCAGUCAGAUUUGGGUUUACGAUGCCAACGCCACUGCAGAAAACUGUGCUUAUGCUCAGCAACAUGUGUCUUGGCUUGUCCAUGAUUAGCCUCGGAAUUUUCAUAGCGUGCCAGGCGAGCUUGGUCCCGAUUGGGUGGUGGACCACCACGUGGACAUUCUCACUGAGACUAUUUUGGGCACCGCUGGUUCUGGGACUGUUUGCCUACCUCUUUGGCUGCAGAGGGUAUGUCCUGAAAGUGGCAUUCAUGCAGGAGAGGGAUCAACUUGCGGCGGAGGAGCGGUUAAGGCGUCAGCGGGAGAAAGAGGAGGAGGCGGCUCGGGUUAAGAAGGAGCGGGAGGAUUUUGAGAAUCAGAUGGCGCAACGAUUGGAGGGUCGCCUGGCACCCAUGUACGAUGCCAUCAUGGGUAAAGGGGUUAACAAGUCUGUCGUGGUAGCAGCGGAUGACGAAGUCAGCAGACUCCGUCAUGAGAACGAGGUGAUGCGUGCGAAGUACGGGAUCACUGAACCAAUGCCUUCCACAAACUUGGUGGAUCGAUUGCAGAAGGAAAAUAACGAGUUGAGGAAAUUCGGGGAGGAUUUGAAGGCUCGGCUGGAAGGAGGCUUGGCAGCGCUCAAGUGGGAGAUCCGAGAUUUGAAGGAGCACCAUGAAUCGGUCGACAGGAGUGCACUCACCAAGAAGAUCGAUGAUUUACGAGCGGAGAUGGAGGCGCUAAGAAAGAAGAAGAAUCAGAGGAGGCAGCGCAUCUUUGGAGGAAUGAAGCACUUCGCCCCGGAACGUCGUCGCUGCGAUCAAAUCGAGGUCGAUAUGUUGAAGGAUCGGCGGGCUCAGGCGGAAGCCAAACGUAUCGAAGCAGAGAAGGAGGUUUCGAGGCUGAGGGAGCAGAUGGGCAAGCUGUCCACUGAUCCGGUUGAGGCGGCCACCCCACGCGGAGUGGGUACCAAUCUGAAGGACAAAAUGGAUGAGGCGGUCAAUUCAGGUCUUCGCUCUGGUAGGCGGCAGCGUUUCAAGAUGACACCGGGAAGGUGUCCCAGGGACGGCAGUGCGAAGAAAGCGAACGAUCGGUUUGCUUUUCUUGUCGAAGAGAAGAAGAGACUCGAGGCUUUGAAGAAAAGCGGUUUGGAGCUGUUGUGCAGAGAGGUCGGUAUCAAGUACAAGACUAUCGAUUCUACCGUUGACGAGUUGGCCGAAAUUAAUGCAGAUAAAGCCUUUGGUGGAUGCAGUGGCACGCGCGAGAAGGUUGAUGAGGUGACAGAACAGGGUAAGUCCACUGAUGCUGGUUCUAGUGGGGCGGAGGCGGAGGUGGUGCCGGUCCCAUCCGACUCUGCUUGAUGGGACUCCCGAAAUGUGGCUAUCUGGGAUUUAGCUAAUGCUUGUCGG